UGUGCAAUUUAGCAGUUGUCUUUUUCUCUGUUUUUGUAGCUUCUUUCCUAGUUUGGUUGCUUGGAAGAGAUUGGACUGAUUUUGAAUCUUGGGGUUUUCUUUUUCUCUUCAUGCCCUUUCAGGUUUGCAAUGUUUCCGAUUUUGGUUGCAUGGAAGAGAUUGGACUGGUUUGCAAUCUGGAUGCAAGUAAAAGGUGUGCAGGUCUAUGGGUUCUCUGAUGCCUAUCUUGUUGGUCCUUUUCUUGCUACGGUGAUCAUAAUUUGUUUCCAGUGUCCAAUGAUAGAUUAUUUGGUUACAACUCUUCUACGAAGCAGGUGUCCAGAAACUUUCAGAGGAGGUACUGAGAGACCGGAACCACCUGGAGGAGGUUCUUUUCCUUCUGCGCAGCAUGGGAAGAAAUGGACACAUACCUUACUGAGAUUCCAAGCUAGCACACAUACUGCAAAAUUCUUUGGGAGGAAACGCUAGGACAGCCAUCAUUUGCACCAUGAGCCCUGCACGAAGUCAUGUUGAGUAAUCAAACAACACCCUGUUCUUUGCAAGUUGUGCAAAAGAGGUUACUACUAAUGCAAAGGUCAAUGUGGUAAGGUACUAAAGCUUGGACUACAUUUGAUAGCAAAGAGCCAAAGACAGUAAUUUUGCUCAAAAGUUCGGGUGAUGGGCCAAGUGGUGGGAUAAAGAUGGAUGACGAUGUAGAAGAAGAAUAUCAUGGUCAUGGUGCACAAGAUAUGGAAUCAAUAAAAAAUAGCAUUACUCAAAGUUUGAUGAGUGCGCUAAAUAACGUGGACAUUUAAAUAUGUUAUGAUAUUUUUUGUGGUUACUUGAUGCCAAUCAGAACCAAAUGUUAUUAAUGUUACUAAUAUAUUUGUACAAGUUAUUUUUAAAAUUGU